CAGUCCUCAUUCUGCGCUUUCCACAGUAUGGCCGGUGAUAUUAGCUAGCAGUCGCUCUACAGUAUUCUCUGUAAAAGGGAAGACGGUAAAACCAAGAAAUUACACCUGGAUUGCUAAAGGACUGUACUUAAUAAAUUAUAACGAUCAAGCAAGGACAAGCAAAUUAAGUUGAAAACGUAACCUACAUUUAAUUUCUGUUAUUGGUGUCUGCUGUGCCACGAUGGAAGAGAACGGUGCACACUUCUUCGAGGGAACCGAGAAGCUGUUGGAGGUGUGGUUCUCCCGGCAAGAUGAGAAUAAAGGAACAGGGGACCUCCGUACCAUCCCAAGGUUUGAGUGGGACAAACUUCUGGAGAAUGUGCACUGUUUGAUCAUAAGUGUGACGAAGACCGACAAGCAGGAAGCUUAUAUACUCAGUGAGAGUAGCAUGUUUGUCUCCAAGAGACGUUUCAUUUUGAAGACAUGUGGAACCACCCUCUUACUGCAAGCACUGAUGCCUCUGCUGGAACUGGCCAGAGAGUACUGUGGCUUUGAUGCCAUCGAGGAUAGGUCAGAGGUUCUAACUCCAUCUCCUCACUACCUACAGAAUUUCUUCUAUUCUCGUAAGAACUUCAUGAAGCCCACCCAUCAGGAGUUCCCUCAUCGGAACUUCCAGGAGGAAGUGGAAUUUCUCAGCCAGAUUUUCCCAAAUGGAGCAGCGUACUGCAUGGGACGUUUGAACUCUGAUUGCUGGUACCUGUUUACUCUGGAUUUGCCAGAGUUCUGGGAGAACGAGCAUGCGGAUCAGACUCUGGAAGUUCUGAUGAGUGACCUUGAUCCAGCAAUUAUGGACCAGUUCUUCAUGAAAGACGGUGUUUCUGCAAAUGAUGUCACUCGUAUGAGUGGAAUUCGUGACCUGAUACCAGGUUCUGUGAUUGACGCCACAAUGUUCAACCCUUGUGGCUACUCAAUGAAUGGAAUGAAGACUGAUGGAACUUACUGGACGAUCCACAUCACUCCAGAGCCAGAGUUCUCCUAUGUCAGCUUUGAAACCAACCUCUCUCAGACGUCCUACGAUGAUCUGGUCAGGAAAGUUGUGGACGUGUUUAAGCCAGGAAAAUUUGUGACGACGCUAUUUGUUAACCAGAGCUCCAAAUGUCGCAGUGUCUUUUCUUCCGCCCAGAAACUCGAGGGGUACAAGCGCCUCGACCGCCAGUUGGCCCAAUUCAACGAUUACAAUUUUGUCUUUACUAGUUACGCCAAGAGCCACCAGCAGAACCAGCAAAGUUGAGGUUUAAGAAUGAAAAAGAAGCGUAAGAAGAAAGGCGGCUGCGUCGCGGGGCUCACCCCCUGCGGCUGCCUUUCUGUCCUAGCGGAGAGGCCCACUCCACUCUGCUGCCAUUGUUCAGGAUUUCUUGGCAUCGAGGCCACAGGCCCUAAUAGUUUAAACUCUAGUUUGAAUUGUAUGCAUUGUUGUACCUAUAACUUAGCUCUCUUGCAUGAAAGUUAUUUUUUCUGUUUAGAUAGUCUAGUGCACUCUUGCUGUGAUCUUGAAGUGCAUGUAGAGCAAUUAAACAUGCUCUGUUUGAGGCUGUCCAGCCUGGCCCAGUGCAGCGGCCCCUUCCUGCAGGUCUCCCCCCUCAUUCCCCACAGACAGGGCUUUCGUGCCCACUAGUCCAGGGCCCUGACAUGCCCAGAUGGGUCCACCUCUAUGUGCUUACCGAUUUUAUACUUUUUUUUGUUUAAGUUGAAAUGCAAUCUCCCCCCUUCACUGAUUUGCUGCUUAUUUGAUCUGUUGCAAAAGUGUCCUUUUUUUUGAGUGCACUUUAAGAAGUUUUCAGCUCGAGCAGGACUCCUCAGUACCCAAAUGUGAAACACCAAUUAUUUUUUUUGGCAUAUUGAAUUUCAAGAUGCUUCUAAUCACUCAAAGAUCAACAUGUGAGCUUUGGGCCAUAAUGUUAUUUGUCAUGUUGCAUCAACCUAGUUAAUGAAUUCCUUAAAUCAAAAUGCCUUUGUCAGUGUUUCACUACCAGAGGAUUGGAGAGGGCUGACUGCUGGGCAAUGUGAUCUAGUUCUUGGCUGUAAACUGCACCGGAGCCAAAAUAAUUAUUGCUAGAAUUGGGUUCUCCCCCAUGUUCAGUCAGCCAUGCUUCUCUCCACCUCGACAAUACAUUUAGCUGUUGAAUGUGUCCAUAAAUAGACUUUUUCCCAUGCAACAGUAUGCGUUAGUGUACAUUUAAAACAUCAAGUUGAGUAUUUCAUGGUAUGGGAUGUGUAAUACAUGUUUACAUUUACACCAAGGCUCCUACAUUAAUAAACUGGGUGGUUCGCGCACUCAAUGCUGAUUGGCUGAAAGCUGUGGUAUGUCAGAUGGUAUACCACACCCCCUUGUGCCUUAUUGCUCAAGUAUACUGCACCAACAGGUAGCGUCUGGUUCUUGGAAUUCUCAGUCAGUUUAAACACUUCAUUUAUCCAUUAAUAAUUGAAAACAUUAUUUUAAAGUCCAAACUUGACACUAGAUCAGUCAUGUAAGAAUAAAGGCUGUGCUAACUGAAUGUUGAGGGGCAUGUUUAGAAUAGCGGAGCCUGUUGAGGGGCUUUAUCUGAAUGUAAAUGACUCAAGGAGACUCUGUAGUCACCUUGUCGCUGUGGUGUGGGCCAGAACAAUGCCCUCUGCAGUCCAGCAAGGUCAGCCAUUGUCUCCCGGCCCAUAACACACAGUGAGACUCAGCUGGCCCCAGAACCAUGCUUGACAGUGGCACUCCUGGCUGCACCGUGUGGCCCUGAAUGGAAAUAAUGACUCAGACUCUGCUUAGUGCUGCGGUUGCCCAGCAAAGCAUUUCUUUCUUUUUAUAAACAAUGUACAUCCUCUCCCCCCUAAUACAGGAAUCGGUAAGCACACAAUGGAGGCCCACCAAUCUGAGCAUGCCAGGGUGAUCCCGGAUCAUUCCACACAACUGUUGCAUAAACCAUUUAAUUAAUUUUAUUGUGCGCAGACAUUUUGCAGUGAAUUGGUCCCAAAUGUGACGCCCCUGCAGUUUUUUUUUUUUUUGGAGCACAAUCAAUACCCUUUGUUCAUUGAUGGGGGGGUCCUGUGGUGCAUGUGACUACUAGUUCUGUAUUGCUUGACAGUGUAGUGUAGCCUGUUCCUCCUGUGUAGAGUGAUGUGCAUCACCUUCCAGUUUCAUCAGCUCAUGUAGAUGGGACUGGAGCAUCCUGGUGUUUUAUUGAACGGGUGGGUGGGGGUUAAUGUUUAUCCACUUUGCCACUAUAGUGCUGAAGGCAGGCCUUAAUCUAUAUGGUUACUAUACAGAUAUUGAUGUUUAAAAUAUAUAUAUAUUUUUUAGGAUGUUGGUUUGUCUUUUCUGGCUGGUCAGUAAAAUUCAUGAUGCUUCCCCUGCCAGUGAAUGCAGAUUGAUUUGAAUUUGCUGACAAACCUGAGGUGGAUAGGGAACAUUUGUUUGACUGCUGUUUUUAAAAAUGUAUUUUAAAACUGCCGUUUUCUGGCCUGCCUUUAGCACUUCUGAGCGUUGUAACCUGCGUUGCCCCACUGUUAGGAACUGUAAGAUCACGCUAGUUCAGAAAGCUCUUAAAACACCAGAGAAUGGCUCAUUAUAUACACAAGUCUGGACAUCCCUUAAUUUGUGCUUUCGGUCAUUUCAGCCACACCUGUUGCUGACAGGUUUGUACAAUGUCCAUAGACACACAUUGGCUGUAGAAUGGCCUUAACGAAGAGCGCUGACAUUCAAUGUGUCACCGUCAUAGGAUGCCACCUUCCCAACAAGUAAGUAUGUCCAAUUUCUGCCCUGUUAGAGCUGGUCAACGAAGUGCUGUUAUUGUGAAGUGGAAACAUCUAGGCACAACAACGGCUCAGCAGUGAUUUGGUAGACCUCACAGGAGUGCUGAGUGCUGAAGUGUUUUGAGAUAUAUAUAUAUAUAUAUUCAUUCUCGGUUGCAACACUCACUACAGAGUUGCUUCUAGAGGCUGGUAGGACCGUUGGCACAAGAACCGUUCGUUGGGAGCUUCAUGAAAUGAGUUUCUAUUGACGCGCAGCCAAAACAUCACCAUGCACAAUGCCAAGGAGAACGCUACCUGCCCAAUGCAUAGUGCCAACUUAAGUUGGGUGCAAGGGGAAUAACGGCCAGAGGCUGUUUUUCAUGGUGCGGGAUAGGCCCUUUAGUUCCAGUGAAGGGGUCGCUUAUCUCGACAGCAUACAAUCGACUACUUGCUUCCAACUUUGUGGCAACGGGGGAAGGCCCUUUUCCUGUUUCGGCAUGUCAAAUCCCCCGUGCACAGAGGUCCUUACAGAAAUGGUUUUUGUCGAUCGGUGUGGUUGAACUUGACUGAUCUGCACAGCGCCUUGACAUCAACCCCGUCGAACACCGUUUUUAGGAUGAAUUGGAACGCUGACUGAGCCAAGCCUUUAUAGCGCUCAACAUCAGUGCUCGACCUCACGAAUUCUCAUGUGGCUGAAUGGAAGCAAGUUCCCGCAGCAAUUUUCCAACAUCUAGUGGAAAGUCUUCCCUGAAGGGUGGAGGCUGUUUUUUAAAGCAGCAAGGGGGGACCAACUGAAUAUUAAUGCCCAUGAUUUUAGAAUGAGAUGUCUUGCGGUGUCCCUGUACUUUUGGUAAUGUAGUGUGAUGUUGUACCGUAAACGACGACAACCAUUUCUCCCCAGGAAGCUAAAAUUGUGGCUGACGUUGCAAGGGGACCACUAGAAUUAGUUCAUGUAAGGACCUGGGCAAAGUUGACAAUUGGAAUAUCUUCCCUCCAACAUGUCUGUCUUUUUGGAAUGGUUUCUUUUUUUUCUCUUUUUCUGAGGACCAACCUUUGCCAGGUAUCCUUACCUGCAAUGUCAUUCUUAUGCCUGUAGUGACCAGCCUCCUUUUGUGUUCUAAGAGCUGUAGUGACUGACUGGUUUAGGGAAUAAGCACCAGCACAUUUCACAAAAUAACUUUUGGUUACGGUUUUUGGAUGAAGUCAUAUUUAGACUUGGUGAUCUGCAUAUGGGUUAGUUCUGUUGGUUUGGAACAUUUUUUUUAGAAGCUAUAUUUGUUUUGUUUUUUUUGGGGGGGGGGGGUGCAAUUUUGCCUACGGACCAACCAUGUUUUUGGCCAACCCAUUUUUUGUUCAGUGUUCCAAACUUAGUUUCUAAAAAAAUAUAUAUAUAUAUAUAUAUAUUUGGAUCAUGAAAUUGUUCUUGCCUUACUUUUUUUUAUUUUUUAUCCUGUGCUGUGUUUUCUGGGGAAGGGAAAAGUCAAACACCUCCCCUGAUGUGAGGGUGAACUUACAGGAUGGACUUGAAGGGAAAACUUUGCUGUUCUAAUUAUUUUGCUAUACUUUGGAUGGUCAAGAUGUGCUAAAUAUAUCUGUACUAUGAGCUUGAUGCUUUAAUAAAUAAAGAUGACUCUUC